AAGUCCUGUCAAAGCUAGUUAAUUAAAUCAGUGCAAAAAGAACGGCGAAGAAAAAAGGGAAACAGAAAAGUUCCUCACCAUCUGUGGUUGUCCGUGUGUGUGUUUUUGGUUUUAGCCGGAAAAUCAAACCCCCGGUCAGCGCUCCACUGUGCUCUCCCGCAAGGGGGGAAAUGAUGGCUUCGGUGCGCAUACCGGAGCAAAAGAUCAUCCUGUGCGGCGAGUAUGGCGUUGGGAAGAGCUCAAUAUUCCGUCGGUUCGCGACGAACAACUUCGUUACUGCGGCCGACCGGAAGUCUACCCUAGGGCUGGACCACUACGGCCGAACGUUCACCGUGGGAGACAAAGAAAUUAAGCUACAACUGUGGGACACGGGCGGCAUGGAGCGGGUUGCCUCGGUUACCUCGAGCUACUACAAGUUCGCCGAGGCGGCCAUCCUGGUGUUUGCGCUGGACAACGAAUCCUCCUUUCACGCCCUGUCGCAGCACAUGCUGGACGUGGUGACGUACGCGGAGAAUGCCAAAAUUUUUCUCGUAGGCAAUAAGGUAGACCUAGAAUCGAGCAGCACCGAUCCGCCGGUGACGGACGCGGACAUGGAGUCGUUCUGCGAGCAGUGCCACAGUCUGAUCAGCGCCACGUACAAAACGUCCUGCAAGACGGGCGACGGGCUGGAGGAGAUGUUCCGCGACAUUGCCGGCACGUUGGUGGAAUCGAACCGAUCGCGGCUGGAGCUGCAGGCGCUGGAAAGCCACGGCUUCAAGAUACAUCCACCAGACGAGGUGAACGAUCCGAGCUGCCUGUGCUAGCUGCUGGCUGACUCGUAUCUAGGAACUGUGGUUGUUUGCUUUUUUCGAGCGCUGCUCUCACGCAGCAGGGAAGCAGGGGCGGUUGAAGGGGUUAUCUGUUUAACGAUAAACACAACCCCCCACCCAAUGGCAUAGUUUUGCUUCUAGCGUGUUUUCUUCAGCCAAUCCCCAAUCAAAUUCAUGCAACGGAGCCGUCCGUGCGAAAUGAGCCAUCAAAAUAGCAUUUAUUUGACAAGGAAAAGCCCGCCGCUUUGAAUGUGUGAAGGGGUUUGCAUUCCUCUUGCCAAAAAAAAAAAUCGCCAACUGCUCUACAAAACAACAAAAAUAGAAAACCCCUACAACUGCAAGAAAGUGCCAUCGAUAACACGUUCCAGAUUUACUCGAACGUUCCAGAGGAAGCGGCGUUGGAUUGGAACAAAAAACAAGGAAGCGGAAAAUGUAAUCAAAAUCUAAUUUAUAACCAUCAUUCAUCUAUAAUUACUUCUUACAAUCCUUGCUCUAACAAUCAUGCGCUGCUAACAGGGGGACACGGACACGCGAUAGUUUAAGCAAAUUUGUAUCGAUUUGCAGACAGGGAGGCUUCUACCACAUCUAAUUAGAGCUAGUUAUCGUAGCUUUCGUUGUGUUUUUUUCCUCGAUGUAGAACCAUGUAUUUAUCACAUCCACAUGCAUCUGCCUAGGGCUUAGGAUAUAUAGAAUCGGAGUCACACGCGCACGACACGAAAAGCCGAGCCAGGAAGUGCCGGGCCGCGAAGCGAAACGAACCGUGUCUGCGGGCCUCCAUUUGGUCGUCGUAUUCAGUGUGUGAGUGACAGGGAAGAAGCUUUUUUGAAUAAACUAUUGAUUGAAUAACAAA